AUGGAGAUCGUCUACGUUUACACCAAGAACCGGGAGGAGUUCGGCCGCCAGUGUCUCCUGUCGGACCGACCCGUGGAGUUGCUGGUGGACAUUCCACCGGAUCAGAACGCCGCCUCGAACUUCAUCCAGAGAAGGCAGAGAGACCAGGCCGUGCAGACCCUCAGGGAGCAGUCCGAGCACCAGGUGAACACUGAACGCGUCGAGUACAUCAGCUGUGGGAUAAACCAUGUGGAAGGCGGGUGGCCCAAAGACAUCAACCCCAAAGACAUGGAACAAACCAGCCGCUUCAGGAAGAUGGCGGAGAAAGAUGAGAGCUACAUGAACAGCAUCCUGCAGCUGGGCAGCGUCACUGAGCACUGCUGCAGACAGAACAACGCUGUAGACAUUUACCAAGAGUACUUUGAGGGCUGGGAGGAAGUGGAAGUGAGUCCAGAGCUGCCGUCCGCAAAGACUAUCAACAUGUUCAGAGAUCCUAAUGAGAUCAAACGUACCGUCACAGGCCUGUCAUGGCAUCCUGAUGGUGGCCGAAAGCUGGCUGCCGCCUACUCCUGCCUCGAGUUCCAGAAAACCUCCAAAGACAUGAGCCUGAACUCGUACAUUUGGGACGUGGAGAACCCAAACCGACCAGAGCUGACCCUGAAGCCAGCAUCCCCGCUUGUCAGUCUGGACUACAAUCCCAAAGACCCGCACACUCUGGUGGGAGGCAGCUACAACGGACAGAUUGUAUACUGGGACACCCGGAGAGGCAGCCAGCCAGUAGAGUUUUCUUCUGUGGAGCAGAGUCACAGAGAUCCAGUCUACAAGAUCAUCUGGCUGCAGUCCAAGACUGGGACNNUGUGUCUUCAGAUCCUCUGGUGGGACAUCCGACGGCUUAGUGAGCCCACAGAGCGCCUGGUUUUGGACCCAGGUCGGGAGGGGAACCUAGACCGGGCUUUAGGAGCGAUUUCUCUGGAGUUUGAAGCCACCAUGCCGACUAAGUUCAUGGUGGGGACAGAGCAGGGCCUGGUCGUCUCCUGCAACCGGAAGGCAAAGACUCCGGCUGAGAAGAUUGUCUGUACAUAUGACGGCCACCAUGGUCCGGUUUACGCCCUACAGAGGAACCCCUUCUUCCCCAAAAACUUUCUCACCGUGGGGGACUGGACGGCUCGCAUCUGGUCUGAGGACAUCAAGGAAUCGUCCAUCAUGUGCACCAAGUACCAGAUGUCUUACCUGACAGACGCCUGCUGGAGUCCAGUCCGACCCUCUGUCUUCUUCACUGUGAAGAUGGAUGGCAUGCUGGACGUGUGGGACAUUCUGUUCAACCAGAGUGAUCCCACGCUGAGUGUCAAGGUCUGCGACAGAGCACUGUACAGUCUCCGUGUUCAGGAUAAUGGUCAUCUGGUGGCAUGUGGGUCUCAGCAGGGCGAAACCACGCUGCUGGAAAUUUGCGCUGGACUGUCGACCCUCCAGAAGAAUGAGAAGAGUCUGCUGGCUGCUAUGUUUGAACGAGAGACAAAGCGAGAGAAGAUACUGGAGGCCCGACAGAGAGAGAUCCGUCUGAAGGAGAGGAGUCGCUCAGAGCAGAGCCGUGAGGAGGAGAUCGGACGGGAUGACGGCGAGGACGACCCCGAUCAGCUGAUCGCCAGAGCUGAGAGUGACUUCUGCAGCCUGGUGGAGGGAGGGCUACACAGGAGGGAGAGGAGGGAGGAAGACGUACUGAGGGGAAAAGAUGUCUGUGAAGAAAAAGAGCUGGACGACGGAGCAGAAACUGGGCAAUAGGAAACUUCUUAGUGAAUCUUAUUGUCUUUGUUCUAAAUGUUUUCGUAGAUGCUGUCUGUUUUUAGUGUUUUGUUCAUUUUUCAUCACAUGUUGCACAUGUCAAGUUCAAUACAGUUUACAAACUAAAA